AUGGUGCUCAGCCUGCCCAUGGACUCCAGAGAGGAUGGGGACAGCUGGAUGGAGGAACAGUGGGAGAAAUGGUUAACCCAUGACAUCAGUCUGAAUGAAUACGAGGAUGACGACCUGUCAGAAAUGACAGAAAUCACGGAUGAGAAUGGAAUCACUCUCAGCCAGCUCGACCUCGACCCUAAAGACACAAUAAAUAACAAUUCCUUUGGUGAGAAAGAGCGGAGGAAAGAAAAGAAAACCCAUUCUUCAUCACCACACAUUAAGGGAGAUCCCGCGGUGAAACCUGAGCAGGUUAGCCUGACCGAUGGGGACAAAGUUCAGGCCAGGGCUGGCACCAAACCACGGGGCCCUGCCUCCUCCACGAACAAAGCCUCAGCCUUUCACACCAAGAAGCAGGAUAAGUUGUCCGAGCCUUUGAACAAGCCCAAUGUGGUAGCACCCCUUACGCAGACAGUCAUGAGGGAAAAAUCCACGGAAACGACCCUGAUAGAGGGUGUCCUUGACAUCCCAACCAUUUGCAAGGAAAAAGCGCGGUAUCACACUGUCAAUGGCUAUCGGGAACAAGUGCAGUAUCCUGCGGAAAAUGAAGGUACGUGUGACCAGUUGGUCGACAAAAACAAGGACUAUCACAUUUCAGAAGGAAAUGCAACAGAGGAGAUCCACCUCACACCAGUCAACGGUGAACAAGAGCGACCAUUUCUGUCCCAGAGCAGCGACAGCAACCGCAUGUCCAUUAGUUCGGACACAGAGCUUCCUCCGCUUCACUACUACCCAUCAGCGGGGUGUCCGAACCCCUCUAUUAGUGAGGAGGAUGAGGUAUACCCACCUACGCCCCCAUGCCGGACUGUCAGCCUCAGAAAUGCGGGGGACGCUUGUCAGUGGGCUGAAACCCGUAAGCCUAAAUUGGUGAAGGAGGACACAGGGAACUUAAAGGCAGUGGCAGUCAGCACGGAUGCUUCGGGACUGACGUAUGACUCGGUUAAGUACACCCUGGUGGUUGAUGAGCAUGCUAAGCUCGAGCUAGUGAGUAUCAAGGACUGCUACAAAGGUUAUGAAAGUGACAGUGACAAUACCGUCUAUGAGUCUGCCAUCGAUGAGGACGAGGAGGAUCAGGAAGUGGACGAAGAGGAGGAAGAGUCAGGAGCGAGAAGCAUGAGGAGAGACACUUCCUGUUUGUCUGCGGAUUCCACCACAGACACCACCUCAGACAUGCCUCGUUCCCGCAAGUUCAUGAACGUCUUUGUGAAUGGACAGUCACGUUUCUCUGCUGCUGAGUUUGGAUUCUUCUCCUGUGUUAUUAAUGGAGAGGAAAGAGAACAGAGCCACAGAGCAGUGUUCAGGUUUGUUCCUCGUCAUGAUGAUGAGUUGGAGUUGGAGGCAGAUGACCCCUUACUGGUUGAGGUGCAGGACGAGGAUCUAUGGUGCGAGGCCUACAACAUGCGCACUGGAUCCAAAGGCAUCUUCCCUGCAUUUUAUGCCGUCAUGGUGACAAAGGAUGAACUUGUUAAAGAGGUCAAAAGUGACUGGAUGGACAAAUUCUGGGUAAAAUUCCUUGGUUCUGUUCAAGUUCCGUAUCACAAAGGGAAUGAUGUGCUUUGUGCCGCCAUGCACAAGAUAGCAUCAAAUAGACGAACAACAAUGCAGUUCAACCCCCCUUCGCCUUGCAUUCUGGAAAUCAACACACAAGGAUUGAAAAUCAUCGUUCAGGAUGACUGUCGGACUUCUGGAAGGGGUGAGAAGUGCUUUCACUUUUUUCAGCUGAAAAACAUCUCCUUCUGUGGGUGCCAUCCGAAGAACAAGAAGUAUUUUGGAGUAAUAACGAAACAUCCAGCAUACCAGAGAUUCGCCUGUCAUGUGUUCUUUUCAGAUGAUACAACCACAAAACUGGCUGAAUCUGUUGGGAAAGCUUUUCAGCAGUUCUACAAAGAACAUAUGGAAUAUUCCUGUCCGACAGAAGACAUCUUCCUCGAAUGACCUUCAGUCUAUUUGUAUUUUUCCAUUAUCACAUACUAUAUGAGGUGUCGCAUGAUGGUGGUUUUGAGCCUCUUUGUACCGUGUUAUGUUGAUGAUAUAAUGUUGAUGAUGUCUAUUUUAGACAAAUGUUAAAAUCGAAACAGAUAUCAGCUACAGCGCAACUACUUUCACAUAGUACAACUCGAGUAUUACUGACUGGUGUAAAGCCUUAUGAAGUUUAAUAACAAACAAAAAAAGUUUGAUGUGACUUAUAUAAAUCAUUUGUGCGAAGUCUGGUUUUGAAUUAAUUCGAAGCACAAUGUCUGAUUCAUUAAUGAUGGAUGAAACAUCACAAGGAGAUCUUAAAACAACUGUAUGUCAAAAAAAAUGUUACCUUGAAAUAUCAGUUUCAAAAUCAUUCUGAUUGCUCACUUAAUCUGAGUCGAAUGGUUUCCACAAAUG